AAAUAAUACUGCAAUAAACAUGUGGGUUCAUGUAUCCCUUUUAGUUAGUGAGUUCAUUUUCAUUGGAUAGCUCAGUAGAGACAUUACUGUAUUGUAUGCUAAUUUUAAUUUCAAUUUUUUUUGAGGAACCUAUAUAGUUUUCCACAGUUCCUGCUUGAGGUUUUACAAAGACACCACUUUUUUUUUAGGUAUGAAAGGAAAGAGUCAGAUGUGAUCAGCAGAGUUUCUUUUAACAAAUCUCACAUAUUCAUGGAUGUUUUCUCUGUGCCGAUCCUGAGGGGAGUCAUGAAAUAUGAACACUAAAGUAACACAGCUCCCCCUCCUGAGGUGUUUUAACAUUUCAUAUGUAUGAGUCAUAGAAUGGAAGUUCUUGUAGGAUGAGAGGAAGGACACAAGUGAAUAUCAGAGAUUGAAUGUAAAAUGAAGAGAUGGAAACAGGAAGUGGUGGAUGGUGGAUACAAAGUUCAGAUGAAAAAUGGCAUCUGAAGGGAAAGUGGGAGGAAUGCUGUUCUGGGACCAUGUGGGGAAGGGCAAAUAGCAUUUGGAAACCCAAGUUUUGAGAUGAAAGAAAAAAGUUUGACUUUAAAAUCUAAAGUCAGUUGGUCACCUGGGUGGCUCAGUCAGUUAACUGUCCAACUCUUGGUUUUGGCUCACGUCAUGAUCUCAUGGUUUUGUGCUCAAGCCCUGCUUAGAGCUCUGUGCUGAUAGCAUGGAGCCUGCCUGGGAUUCUUUCUCUCUCCCUCUCUCUCUGCCCCUCCCCUGCUCAUGCUGUCUCUGUCUCUCAAAAAUAAAUACAUAAACUUAAGAAAGUUUAGGUAUAAAGUCAGAAAAUUUACAUAGCAGAGUGAAAAUGGAGACCCAAACUGAGCCCAUGCAGUUUAAGUAUUAGAAAAGGGGGUAUUAGAGGUAUGAAACCUGUGUUUUCUAUGAACCCUUGAAUGAAAGAGACAAUGAGUGAUCACAAAUUCCAAACCCUCUUCCCAGCACCCCGAUUAAUAAAGAGAAGUCCACUGGAUUUCAUCAGCCUUUCAUCAGGCUUUUCCUAUGAGAUUUUGCAGGUUUUAGCCAUGGCAUAGAAGCUGACAGAAAACUGAGAGUAUGGAUCUAGUAGACAGGUUACCCUGGGAUAAAUUCUAGACCUAAUUGGAUAAACAGAACAAACACUCAAUGAGAUGUAAAUACUGAUGUGUUAUUUGAUUAUAUGAUACAUUUCUUGCCGGCUAUAAUUCCACUAAUAUUGUUUAUAAACACACUCGCUUCCAAUAUGUUAAUGUUUUAUUGUCACAGCUGAUAUUAAGAAAUAGGAAAAUGGUCAACAAUAGCCACUUUGGUGGAUUUAUACUCCUUGGAUUCCCAGGGCAGCCACAGCUGGAGAUGAUCAUCUCUGGGGUUGUCUUUCUCUUCUACACCAUUGCCUUGAUGGGAAAUAUGGCCAUCAUCCUGCUGCCGUUACUGGAUGAACGUCUCCAGACCCCCAUGUACUUCUUCCUUAGGAAUUUGGCUAUCUUGGAUCUCUGUUAUAUCACAAAUAUAGUCCCACAGAUGUUGGUCAAUGUCUGGGGCAAAGACAAAAAAAUCUCUUUUGGUGGCUGUGCCUUUCAACUUUUCACUGAUGUGACACUAUGCACAGUCGAAUGUAUGCUUCUGGCUGUGAUGUCUUAUGACCGAUUCAAUGCUGUCUGCAAGCCUCUGCACUACAUGACCAUUAUGAACCCCCAACUCAGUCGAACCCUGGUGGCCAUGACCUGGGGAGUUGGUGUUACUAAUUGCAUGAUACUUUCACCCUAUGCCAUGAGUCUUCCCCGAUGUGGGAACCACCAUUUGGAUCACUAUUUUUGUGAAAUAUCUGCAAUGGUGAAGAUUGCAUGUGUGGACACCACAGCCAUGGAGGAAACCUUAUUUGCAUUAUGUUUUUUUAUUUUCCUCACACCACUCCUUCUCAUUCUGGUUUCUUAUGGCUUCAUUGCUGUAGCUGUGUUGAAGAUCAAAUCUGCAGCAGGGAGACAGAAAGCAUUUGGGACCUGUUCCUCCCACCUCAUUGUGGUGUCCAUCUUCUAUGGGACUGUUAUCUACAUGUACAUCCAGCCAGGAAACAGUCCAUCUCAGGAUGAAGGUAAACUUCUCAGUAUCUUUUAUUCCAUUGUUACUCCCAGCUUGAACCCCCUGAUCUACACACUAAGGAAUAAGGAGUUCAAGGGGGCCAUGAAGAGGCUGAUUGGAAAAGAAAAACGUUCCUUGGAAACAACAGGACACUAAUAUCUUUUUAUGAGAAGUUUCCAAUUAAGAAAUUGGUCCUGUGUAACAUACAAAUCAUUGCCAAAUUAUUUUAGUAGUACUCAUCACCUAAAAGUGAAAAUUAUACCUACAUUUUAGCAUCAAUGUCCCAAAUUACCAAGGGUUGAUUCUAAACCAAGUAUGUCUCUCAAAGUCACCAGUUAUCACCUUUGAUCAGUCAUCCCCACCUGCAGCCAGAGAGUAGGCUCUAUGGAGUCCAAGCAUUGUACUGUGAGGGGAAGGAGGAAAGACUCUACCAAACUGGACUCAAGUUAUAAUUUAUCAAAUAUCUUUAAAUUAUCAUGACACUUUAACAAAAAGAAAAAAGUUAAUGUUCUAACUAUAAGUUUUUACACUGACUCUACAAUUUGUUCGUGUGAAGACAAAAUCAUUUCUGUUCAGAUCUUAAAUGUUCCUGCCAUGUCUAUUUACUUUAAAAGAAUCUUAAUAUAUUAUGUAAACUGGCUAAAAUAUAUUUCUACUUGUAGCUGUUUUCUGCCUGAAUCAGGACUUUCUCAAACUUAGCCUGUCAAAAUAAAAUGUGAGAAUAAAUUGGAUGCAGAGUUUGAUAUUAUAACACUGCUAACAAACCAUCCUUGAUUUCAAAUUUCUGAGUUCAUUACAGAAGGUACAUUAAUCUUUUUCAUUAAUUUGUAGUAAGUAAACAAUACAUGGAAAAAUAAAUAAUGUGUUUAUUAGCUCUUUUUUAUAAGGUCAGCAUAAACUUGACUUCAAAACGUUACAAGGAUAUUACAAAAUAAAAAAAAAGGAAAAAGAAAGAAAAUGAAGGGAAUUUUUUUCAAUAUCUUUCAUGAACAUAGAUGCAAAAUCCCUAACAAAAGAUUAAGAAAUCGAAUCCAGAAAUAAAGGUUAACA